AUGGACGUAACGGUUGGUGCACGGUUUGCAUCGUACGAUGACUUCUAUAGUGCUUUGCGCACGUUGCAGCUGCGGACAAACGCACUGUUUGUUAAGAAGACAUCGAAGUCCGUGGAUGCUGUCAACUCACAUCUGGUAUCCGGAGCUGUAAAGCUGGAAGGAAGAUUGAAAUUCGCGAACGCGACGUUCACAUGCAAACACGGCGGUACCCAGAGAACAAGGGGCACGGGAGUGCGCCCAAAUCAGAGAACGAUGAAGAUGGACUGCCCGGCGAGAGUAGUGAUUGCUGCCAGACGCGCAAGCCAAGAGCUGGAGGUCACCUGUGUCGUGCUGGAGCACAAUCACGAGACGACUUGCGACAUGUUGGCUUCCUAUCCGGAGUGCAGGAAGCUGAACGACCAUGAGGCCAAAGUUUUGCAACCGCUCCUUGAGUUGAACGUGCGGCCCAGCCUCAUCGUACAGAAACUCAAGAGAGACACAGGAAAAGUAAUCAUCGCUAAGGACAUACAGAAUAUGAAAACUAGCAUGAAGAGAGGAGAUGAUGUAGAAAACCUCAUGCAAGUGAUCCGCGACCUUCGAGAAAAAGAAAAGGCAACAGUUAUCACAAUUACUGAUGAAAACAAAGAGCUACAGGUUCUAUACGUGCAAACAAGACAAAUGCACAGGAUGUUUGAGGGAUAUCCCGAAGUUUUGAUCUUAGAUGCCACAUAUAGAACUAACAAGCACAGGAUGCCUUUGUUUGUAUUCAUGGUUGAAGAUGGGGCAGGUGCCAGCCAUGUUGUGGCAUAUGCCUUCGUUGCAUCCGAACAACAGCACGUCGUCACUAAGCUACUUGAAACUUUUGUCAAUGAAAAUUCAAAGGCAGCUUGCACUAAUGUCGUCAUUGUGGAUAAAGACUUCACCGAAAUAUCUGCAAUACGAGGCGCGUUCACUUCAAGACCUGCUGUGCAGCUAUGCCAGUUUCACGUAAUGAAAGCUUUCCGGACAGCUGUCGGACAGUUUACACAUUCAGCUGAAGAAAAAGAGAGGCUAGUCAGCAGCUUCAGUGAACUGGUGUAUGCACCUACUUCACAGAAAUUUGAAGAGGCACAGACUGACUUCUUACUACAUGCGAAUAGUCAAGCAUGCGCCUACUUCGAAAAAAAUUGGGGAAAUAUAAAAAAAAACAUGUGGGCCAGACAUCUCUGUGACAAGGAGUUUACUGCGGGCAACAACACUACUAACAGAGUGGAGUCUCACAACGCCAAAAUCAAGCAGAUCUUGUCAUCGUCCGACAAAUUGUACGAGGCACUAAGGGGCAUUGUAAGGCUAUCAGAUGGACUCUCACAAGAAGCCAGGCAUCGGGCAAGCCUCAUGAAAACAUGCACGUUUUACUCGUACGAAGCAUCAAGCAAUAUUGAAGCCAUGUGUGCCAAGCAGUUAACCCCGUAUGCUUGCUCCGCAGUCUACAAAGAAGCAGCUAAAGCUAAAAAAGCCCCUCCAGAAAUACGACAACUAGAACCAGCUGUUUAUAACGUAUCAAGUUCUUGUGGCACGUGGCAUGUAGUUUCAGAGAAAACUUCCACAUGCACGUGCACAACUUUUUCGAGGAUGGGGCUUCUUUGUCGUCACAUUCUGGCUGUUUGUGAAAAAACUGGUGGUGUGCCUGACCUGUCUAAAUUCAUCAAACCACGGUGGUUUAAGAGCUAUCACCUCAAUGUAAUGGCUGCUGACAACAAUGAAGAGAAUGUCGAUACAUUGCAGGAAAGCACAGAACUGCUAGUCAUGCCAGGGCCAGCAUUUCAUAAGAUGAACAGAAACCAGCUAUUUAAUUAUGCAAUGAGGACACUGAAGACAAUAGCAGAUUACCUCGCUGACUGUCCACAUGAGGUCUUUGCGGCCCGACUUGAAGUUCUUGAGAAUGUUUUUGCGGAAUGGCUUACGGAAAGGUCCUCAGGUUCUGCUAGCCACGUUGAGCAACCUAAAGCUGACCAGCCAACCGGCAGAGCUCACACCUCUCUGCUUUCACAAGCCCCUUCACCGCUACCACAAGAACCUGCAACAGCACCACGAGCCCCUUCACCACCACCAAAAGAACCUUCCACAGCACCACGAGCCCCUUCACCACUACCACGAGAACCUUCCACAGCACCACGAACCCCUUCACCACUACCAAAAGAACCUUCCACAGCACCACGAGCCCCUUCACCACUACCACGAGAACCUUCCACAGCACCACGAACCCCUUCACCACUACCAAAAGAACCUUCCACAGCACCACGAGAACGUUCCCCGCUACCACACGACCCUUCCAUGGUACCACAACCUCCUUCCACGCCAAGACAAGAACCUUCCACACUGCAAGAUCCUCUCAGCCCCUCUGUUUCAAACCCAAGACCACCACAGCUCAGACUUCCACUUGUGAAGCCAAGAGGGCGCCCAAAGUACAAGGCUGUGCAAAAGAGUAAAAGGCCAAGGCAACAGUCAGAAAUGGCUGCAACACCAUUUGCGCGGCUGACUGAGGUGGCUCAACACAAGCUUCUUCUGGCGGGAAUCGUGGGGGAGGCUACCUCCGGCAAGGUGCUAGACCAGGGCUACAUCAUUAAUGAGGCUGAUGUAGAAGUACGGCCAGAGUUCCUGCCAAGUGCACUUUUGGAUUAUCGAGUUCAGAUGCGGCAACUGCGGCCUUACUUUUCGGAUGAUGCCUGGCACCUACUUACAUCUGCAGUUGCCAUCAAGAAGAAAAAUGAACUGUGGUUGUGCUACGCCUGCAAGGAACAAGACAGUGGCGAGAUUAAAAUGAUUUGCUGUGACCACUGCCUGGAAUGGUUUCACUGGACUUGUGCUGCAGUGAAGCAAGCUGACACAAAGAAGAAGUUGUGGUUUUGCAGGCCCUGUACAGGCAACUGCAGCAUUUAGUGUAAAGGCAUAAUAAAAUUUGUACUGCUGAAAAGCACAAAAUUUCAGCAGCUUUGUUGUGAAGCAGUGUGCCUUAUUUUAGUGGUUGUAUAUGUGCACUGCAUGUGUGAUCGACAUAACAGAUUGAUUCAAAGUAUGUGGUCAACAGAAUAUCAUCUUUUGCUUGAUGUGAGCCCGAAAAAAGUGCGUUGAAACUUUCCCACGCGGUUAUUACUUUCAAAUUCAAU